AUGGAACGUCAAGCCCCGUUCUUGAAAAGUGUCUUACAAGAAGCCAAUCAACAUAAACGACAAGAAUUGUUACGGAUGGCCAAUGCGGAUCAGAUCAAUGCCAUCAGUGAAUUAGUGAUGAACACGCUCCGUGGCACGGUGCCCCGUUCUCGACAUACUAUCACGUUGCUCAAACCGCAUGCCCAAAGUUUACGCGCCAUGGCCAAACCCGCGCAUUCGGUGAAACGACGGCGCGCCAUCAUGAUGGCUCAAACAGGCGGCGCUCUCUGGCCGGAACUCUACCGAUGUUAUAAACGUUGCAUGCGCUAAAGGAGACACGUCAGUUGCACCAUGGAACCCGAGAUGGUGAGCACCACGGUGGACAACGCCCCUGCUUUUUUACAAUUAAAAGAAAAGUACAAACAAGAAUUGGUGGAAGAUACUCGCUUGAGUAAAGCCGCGGAUUUGGCGGCCAGACAACAUGUGCUCCUGACCAGUGAGGUCCCCGAUGCCUGGAAACGACCGCAACUCAAAGCCGUGAGCCGUCAGUUACGCCAUUGGACCAAAAAAGUGCGUCAACCCUUUGGAGCGCCCGCGGGAGGUGUGAGUGCUGCAGGGGCUGCCACGCCCGGCAAGGAUGAUGAUUUUGAGGCGGGGCCGAUGCAAGCGUGGUUCACGCAAUUGGUCAAA